GUUAUUCUCACCUUCAAUUCCACCCUCCUCUAGUUUUGGGAGCUCCAACAACAUUAUCUCACUCCAAUAUACCCCGCACCCCUUUGCUCUCUAACACAACAACAAUGAAGGCUGCUGUUCUUGGUGCUUCUGGCGGCAUUGGCCAGCCCCUUUCCCUCCUCUUGAAGAUUUGCCCUUUGGUUGAUGAACUUGCUCUUUUUGAUGUUGUUAACACUCCUGGCGUUACUGCCGAUUUGUCUCACAUUUCCUCCGUUGCUAAAACGUCUGGAUUUCUCAAAGAUGAUGAUGGCUUGAAGAAAGCCCUUACUGGGACCGAUCUUGUCGUUAUUCCUGCUGGAAUCCCCCGCAAGCCUGGUAUGACUCGUGAUGAUCUUUUCAAGAUCAAUGCUGGUAUCGUCAAGGAAUUAGUCCAGGGCGUCGCCGAUUACUGCCCCAAGGCUUUCGUUCUUAUCAUCUCUAAUCCUGUCAACUCUACCGUUCCGAUUGCCGCCGAGGUCCUGAAGGCGGCGGGCGUCUUCGACCCCAAGAAACUCUUCGGUGUCACCACCUUGGAUGUCGUCCGUGCUGAAACCUUCUCUCAGGAGUUCAACGGCCAGAAGAACCCCGCUGACACCGUGAUCCCUGUUAUCGGCGGUCAUUCUGGCGAGACCAUUGUCCCAAUGUUUAGCCAGGCCAAGCCUGCGUUCACCGUCCCAGCAGACAGAUAUGAUGCCCUUGUGAACCGUAUUCAAUUUGGUGGAGACGAGGUCGUCAAGGCAAAGAGUGGCGCCGGAUCGGCCACUCUGUCUAUGGCAUGGGCAGGAUUCCGAUUUGCGGAGAGUGUCAUCAAGGCUGUUAAGGGCCAGAAGGGCAUCGUCGAAUCUACUUUCGUCUAUCUUCCGGGAGUUCAGGGUGGUGAUUCUAUCAUCAAGAAGACCGGAUUAGAAUUCUUCUCAACCCCAGUUGAGCUUGGAGCCUCUGGUGCCGAGAAGGCUAUCGAUAUCCUCGAUGGCGCCACGGAGAAGGAGAAGCAGCUUCUAGACGUCUGCUACAAGGGCCUCAAGGGCAACAUCGAGAAAGGAAUUGACUUUGUCAAGAACCCUCCACAAAAGUAAACUACCUGCCGCCUUGGUUGAGACUAUGUAGUCCGAUUGACCACUACCGUUGUAAAUCGAAGGUAACAAGCUGGAUGAAUGGCGUUCUCGAAUCGACGGCGGGGUCAUCGUGUAGGUAGAUAUACCGAAAGCAAA